AACGAAGAAAAGGAGAUUUUUAUUUUUCAGUGACCAAGACUCAUCGGUCUUUCUUCAAGACUCGGAUCUCUCUCUCAAAAACCAACGGAAAAAACCGCUCCUUUCGUGUGUAAACCCUAGAAAAGUUCUCUCAAGUCUGCCAAGAUCAUGCAGUUUCUGGUGAAACACAAUCUCGCUUUUUUCGAUUUCUUCCCAAACCCACCUCGAUUUCUCUCUCUGAAGGAAAGAACGAUGCGUGUUUCUGAUUUUCUUUUGAAAGUCUUCUUCUUUCUUUGAUUUUCUUCCCUUUUCAUUUCUGAAGCCCCAAUCAGGUCCUACAUUGCCUUAGAUCUGAAACGUGGGUUUUUGAUUUCUUCUCAAACCCACAUCUCCCCUUUUUUAUACGAAAAUCUGACCCCCACCCUUUUCAUAGAUCUGCAACAUCAAUGCAAUUUGAGGCAGAAUCUGAUAUGGGGCCUUAAUUUUCUUACUGGACUCUGUCUCCAUCUCUAUCUUUUAUUAUUAUUAUUAUUAUUAGUUAUUUAUCUGGAAGAGAGUUCUUUUUUUUUUUUUUUUUUUGUUCUUUACGAUUUUGUUUCCAAAGAUGGUUUUCUGGGAAGCAUAUUUGAGCGACGAAUCGAUGGGCACUUUUGCUCCCAUUGUAGUUUAUUGGGUGUAUGCCGGAAUUUACCAGCUUUUGCCCCCUUUGGAUCGUUUCCGCUUGCAUACGAGGAAAGAGGAAGAACAGAAGAAUUUGGUGCCCAUAUGGUCGGUGAUUAAGGGUGUUCUUCUCCAACAGCUUGUUCAGGCCACGGUAGCUCAGACACUCUUCUCGAUGACCUCAACGGCAAGUUCAACAGGGGUCACAGUGCAACCAUCAUUUCCAGUCCAGCUCAUACAGAUUAUAGUUGCAAUGCUAGUAAUGGACACGUGGCAGUAUUUCGUGCACCGCUACAUGCACCAGAACAAGUACCUAUAUCGACAUAUCCACUCACAACACCACAGGCUGGUUGUCCCCUAUGCAAUUGGAGCGCUUUACAACCACCCUCUGGAGGGUCUCUUGCUUGACACCUUAGGUGGGGCCAUCUCAUUCCUCAUGUCAGGGAUGACUGCGCGGACAGCCGUGAUAUUCUUCUGCUUUGCGGUGAUCAAGACCGUUGACGACCAUUGUGGGCUGUGGCUGCCUGGCAAUGUCUUCCACAUCUUGUUCCAGAACAACACUGCAUACCACGACAUCCACCAUCAGCUUCAGGGCACAAAAUACAACUAUUCGCAGCCGUUCUUCACUAUCUGGGACAAACUUCUUGGGACACACAUGCCAUACAGUCUGGUGAUCCGCCAGGAAGGAGGAUUUGAAGCAAGGCUGAUGAAAGACUAGUGAUGUGUUCCGCAGUGUACAUUUCCUAGCUCUCUUCAUUUUGUGUAUUUCUUCAUUGGUGGUUGGGCAACCUUUCUCCCAUAACCAAGAUCUCAGUCAGAGUUGAAUUCAAAUGUUGGACAUACAGAAAUCAACUUGAAACUGCCUAUAAUUCAGCCAGAGGUUGGGGCCUGCUUACUCAUAGCAAUAGGAUGUUUAUUUGAAAAUGCUGAGUGUUCUUUUGGUAGUUGGCUGUGGUACACACACCUCUAUCCCAAAGUGAUUGUAUCUUUCUUUUUAUAGGUUUUGAAUUAUAUGUUGUCUAGUAUUUCGUUUGCAGAAUUAUUGGCGAUGAAGGUUGAAGUUGUACUGAAUUUUGAUUUUUUGUUUCCACUGCUUAAUGUGUUCAUUUGCACAAAUCAUGAACA